UUCACGCGAAUUCAGAUGCAUGUGACAGCGGUGGUGGGACAAGUAUGAAUCCAAAUUGCGGUCGUUUUGCUUGCCAUCCGUGGCCGACAGGAAUGGUUUACUACACUGCGUGCAGCUCAACAGCGCCUCCGUUCUUCAGUAUGCUAUGUGACUACGGCACCCUGGUCAGCGUCGAGUCCUGCAACCACAACGUCAAAACGUGGAUCAAAUCGUGCCUGAAGGCUGAGACCUUCGGAUCAGUCCUCGUCCUGAUACCCUGGCAUGUCGCGGCCUCACAAAUGCAGGCUCGCAAUCCACUGCACUAUCUCUCUUUGCUUUCUUCCUUGGCUCGGUCUUCAUUACUCUGCUCAACACUUCGUCUUUCUCUCUUGGGGCACUGGAACUCCAGCACUGUGGAUAGCAGAUGUACUUGACCUUCGAUCUGAAAUGAGUCAAGUGAAUCCGUCAAGUCCGGCUAUGGCACAACUCACUUCGUACCAACACUUGUUUCCAACGAUCGCUUUAACUGUGCUAUAUUACGACUUUGCCCAAACUAUCCAUCUUGAAGUCGAACGCUACUGGUUCCGGACUCUCUCCUGGGCAUCAGUACUCUUUUUCCUCAACAGAUACAACGUGUUGCUCGCCCAUACCCUCGUCGUGUACGAAUUGGUUGCCGAGAUACCAGAUUCUGUGAGGUGUCGUCAACUACAGACGUUCCGCCAGAUUCUGAUUGGCCUCAGUCAAGGGAUAGUCGCGCUUUGUCUCUUACUUCGUACUCAUGCACUGUACAGGCGCAAUCGCCGGGUACUCUAUCUACUAGUAGGAAUGCUCACCCUGGGUGCCGCAGUCGUUGUAUGGAGCAUAUUCUCGCUUCAUAGCCUACAGGAACACAGUCCACCCGAUACGACGGUGUCCUCUCGCUGCUCUUUUCCAAUAUCAAUGCACCAGGCCACUUUCCUUGCGAUAGCAUGGGGCGUGAUGCUCGUGUUUGACGGAACGAUCUUCGUCCUCACGUUGUUGCAGGGCAUCCGCAGCGACCGCUUGUGGAGCCAUGGCCUACUUGAUUGUAUGCUCAAGGACGGGGCGGUCUACUUUGGGGUUCUCGCCAUCUGUUACCUGUUCACUAUAAUCACAUAUCUGGAUGCACCGACCGCAUAUAGGGGCAUCUUUACGACUCUGACCAAUGUAUUGUCAAACGUGCUCAUCUCGCGCAUGAUGCUCAACAUUCGAGAUCCGGGUCUGUUGGAAUUUCGGAUUAUGCGGUCUCGGGCCGCAGGAA